AUUCUGUUAUAGUAGUAUUGGGAAUUUAUUGGGUGUUUUAACAAUAAGAAAAAGGAUAUUCAUGAUACUGUAUUUUCUUGCCAUCGUAUUCCUUUCUUUUCCAUAAUCAAUUAUGAAAUUUUGCAAAUUGAGGGAAAUUAGAAUAUUGCUCAGCAUUUUAUAAUAUAACCAUAUAGUAACUUUAAUUACAGUUUUCAACAAUAAUUAUAAUGAUACACAUUACAAAGCAUUAAUUUAAAUUGAAUUGUAUACACUUGCCUUAUUCCAGGUAGCAAAUAGAACUCAAAUUGUUAUUACAGCUUUUAGUUGCUGUAUUAUCAGCUUGCAUACAUAGCAGUCCAUGAGCUACCCUUAAAGUUACUAUGCACUGCAUACCUUUAAACGUUCUUCUGGAUGUUACUGUUUUAUGAAAACUAUGCAUCUCUAAAUUAAGAGCAUAACUAGUGUAUUGGGUACCAGGAACUUCCGUAGCCCUUAGGUCCAUCGCUGGGGUUAGAUAGUGUUUGUGGGAAUCUUGGGUAAACAUGAAACAUCAUUAGCAAACUAGAAGAAUUAUGGGUUGAUGGUAAAGAAUAAAAAGAAGAAAGUAAGAGAAAGGAACAGAAUGCAGAAAAGUAUUGCAUAUUAAGAGUGGUAGAAAAAUCACCCAGUGCCUCACAGACAACUUCCUGACUGUUGAAUAAGAACCUCUUUUUAGUCUUUUUAGUAUUUUUUAAGGUUAGUAUUUUUAGUAUUUUAGUAUUUUUUAAGGUUUCACAAUGAACCAUAGAAGCAUUUUAAAGCUUUUUUAAAAAUGUAACUUAUGAUGAAAGCAAACUGUGAAGAGUUCAGAUCUUUAUAAAUUGUAAAUUUAAAUGUCUACCAGAGCUAGUAAUUGUGAUGGUAAAAUAUAAGUAGGCAAUAUCAAUUUUUCUAUAUAUUAUAUCACUUUAUAUUCAAGGAUGACACUUCUGAGUUAGAAAAGUCCAUCUGACUUCUUGUGCCUUCUGCAGUUCAGCCAUUAUUAACAGAACUCAUACCCUUUAAAAGUUCUGCCAGUUAAAUUGGAAAUAGGUUUGAAACCUUUGCUUAAAAUUAAUUACUCCUGUUUUACUCAGGAUUUUUGUCUAUUGCUGCUGAUUUUCUUUUCUCCACAGCUAUUCUGAAUAAUAUGUGAUGUUUUGUUGCAUCCUUAACACAACUUUCACCUUCCCUGUGUGUGGUUGCUUUCUACAGUUUGGGGUUCCUUUAGAAUCCAUUCUCUUCAUCUGUUCAUAAGAUUUUUGAUUUGCCACAUUCCAGGACCUCAAAUUGACUGCAAGUUGUUCUGUUCCCUAGUUUGAUGAUGUUCACAGAGGCAGGUAAGUGACAUAGCUAGGGCCAGAUGUAAGCAGAAAGUCAGGUCUUGCAGUCAGUCGUAUAGGACCACUGCCCUGAUAAUUUCUGGAAGACUCUGGAGCUUGGUAAGUGAAAAGGAGCUAGGAAUGUGUAAUUAAAUUCCUUGGAUCAGCAUUCAUUAUAGGAAGGACUAAGAUGUUUGAAUUGAUUCUUUUAUAUUUUCUGUUCCUAGAAAUAGAGUGUGUUUUUAGCCAAUAAUAUUUUGGUUUUGCUCACUUUAUUUCUAUUUAUUCCUCUUUUGAAAUAAAUAAGUGAGUGUGCCUGAUGACAUUCACUCAGAAAGUACCUUGCCCUCCUUUCAGAGAAAGUGAAUUUUACAAAUUAAUUUUGUUUCCCCUACAAUUGAUUUCCUUCUAGACCAUUAAAUGACCAUUUGUAUUCUUCUUUCUUGGGGAUUAUGUUUGAAUUGUGUUUGAGCAGUGUUUGUUAUGCUAAAAGGGACUUUGGGCUUGGGUUAACUCAUCCUGGGUCUAGACUGACAUCCAGAACUCCAGGAGUUCUUUUGAUCUGAGCUCGUGCCUGCCUUUGCAACCAAAUAAUGACUUCUGAACUAUAAUCCCAGGAUUUUUUUUUUUCCUUCUGACUCUGUGGACUGAGAGUAGAAAUGCUGUCUUAGUGAGAGAGGCUCAGGAAGCAAUAGGUUUCAUCUUUCCUUAGCCUGCCUGGCCUUUGGUAAGUUUGGGAGUGUUGACAGAGUUCUGAGCCUUCUUGGCAGAGAAGGAAGGUCAGAAAGAGAGAAGUCCAUGGGCAGGGGGCCAGGUCCCUCCAUACCUCAUUAGGGAGAAUUCAGCAUUGUCUGUCUGGUUGGCAGGACACACCUAAUCACAGAGACUCAGCAUUUCAGCAGUUUGCAAAGGAAAGUGAUAUGAAGGGACAGCUGCAAGUCAGCCACAACCUAGAUAUGAGGAGAUCAAGCAUUCACUUCACUUGGAAGAAAGAGAGAAGGAAGGAAGCCGAGGGCUUAGCAGGUCCCCAGGUAUCAGUGGACAGCCAUGGCUCCAAGAUCCCGGCAACGAAGACACAAGAAACCCCCCUCAUUGGUGACUCCCAUGGUUGUGACCCCACCCACAGUUGUGACCCCUGUGCCUCUGACCCUCUCAAAACUUGACCCUAGCAUUGAUGCACUUGGCUUCUUUUCCUUGGAGAAUAAUGUUCCUGGCCUAUCCCAGCUAAUUCUUCAAAAGCUAAACAUGAAAAGCUAUGAAGAAUACAAGUUGGUGCUAGAUGGGGGUGAUUCUGCAUCAGGCUUUGGAUUUCGAUGCCCUCAAGAAAUGUUCCAGAAGAUGGAGGACACAUUCCGGUUCUGUGCUCACUGUAGAGCUCUUCCUAGUGGCCUUUCAGACUCCAAGGUCCUACGGCGUUGCAAGAGGUGCAGAAAUGUCUAUUACUGUGGUCCAGAGUGCCAGAGGUCAGACUGGCCAGAGCACAGAAAAGUUUGUCAAGAGCUGCGUCUGGUAGCUGUGGACCGUCUCAUGGAAUGGCUUCUAGUCACAGGUGCUUUUGUCCUGCCUUCAGGACCUUGGCCAUGCCUGGCUGAAGUUGUACAGGGCUGGGAUACCUGGUUUUCUAUGCGGUGUUUACAGCUAGAUGCUACACUGGAUGUUGUGCUAGGUAGUCAUGCCAUGACCACCCUGUGGGCCAACGUAGGACGGCCAAGGCCAGACCCAGAUGUCCUGCAGGGCUCUUUGAAGCGGCUGCUGACAGAUGCCCUAUCACGGCCCUUGACACUGGGCCUUGGGCUUCGGGCCUUGGGGAUAGAUGUUAGGAAGACUGGGGGAAGCACAGUGCAUGUGGUUGGUGCUUCCCAUGUGGAGACAUUCCUCACUCGCCCUGGGGACUAUGAUGAGCUUGGCUACAUGUUUCCUGGACACCUAGGCCUCCGUGUGAUCAUGGUGGGUAAAGACGUAUCUGCUGGCUUUACACAGAGCACCUCAACAUCCCCCCUGGAACCUGGCACAGUUCAGCUUAGUGGCCAUAGGGGCCUCUAUCAUGACUUCUGGGAGGAGCAGGUAGAGACUGGACAGACAGCCCAUCCAGAUUUGGUGGUGGCAUUCCAUCCAGGUUUCCAUGCUUCCCCAGACUUGAUGGAGGCUUGGCUGCCCACCCUCCUGCUACUUCGUGAUUAUGAGAUCCCUACAUUGAUCACUGUUUACAGCCAUCAGGAGUUGGCAGCUUCUUUGCAGAUUCUGGAGGACCUGGAUACACACAUCACUGCCUAUGGAGCUAACCCUUUUGCGUCCCUCAAACCUGAACAGGUCUAUUCUAACCCCAACAAGCAACCAGUAUACUGCAGUGCCUACUAUAUCAUGUUUCUUGGAAGUUCCUGCCAGCUGGAUAGGAGGCAACUGGAAGAGAAAGUAGAUGGUGGGGUUUAAACAGCUGAGCCAGAUCUGGACUUCUAGAAAAUCAGGAGGUUGUAAUGAAAUUACUCUGCUGAUGUCAGGUUGUUGCCAACUUUGAAAUCCACUAUAUCCUAAACCUUGGCCACUUGUCCAGGUAAAGAUUCUAAGCUAAAUGGGAGUUCCUAUAUGAUGUGACACUUUUCUAAGAGAUUAGCCACAAGUAGCUUCCAGAGACAGGAUUCUAGAUUUAAUGCAUUGCAAGAGGCCCUGGUAUCAGUUUUUCCAGAACCUUGAAUUCUUAACAUUUUCCUUUGUGAGAAAGUUGUACCUUUUGACUUGAAUCAGAUGCUGUCAAGGAAAAGAAUGGCACCUUAUUUUUCUGGAAAAGACUUUCUUAUCCAGCAAUUUGGGUUGAAAAAUGGCGAGGUGUUAAUGAUUUCAAUGUACAAGAAUGGGCAAAUCAGAGAAAUGGUCGGGAACAUGGGAGAGGUUGUGAGGAUUGGCAUAUUGUUCUAUUUCCUGGCUUUUUCUAGAUAAAUAUCUUAUUUUCUUCUUUUCUCUUGGGGACUUCUAACCCUAGAGCAGCUUUUUGCCUUGUGUUGUAUUUAAAUAGCCCAGGGUAGGGGCACCUGGGUGUACAGUUGUUGUUGAGCUUCUCACUCUUGGUUUCUGCACUGGUCAUGAUCUCAGGGUCAUGGGAUUGAUCCCUGCCUCGGGCUCUGUGUUCAGGAUGAAUCUGCUUGAUAUUCUCUCUCCCUCUGCCGCUUAUGUUCUUUCUCUAAAAUAAAUAAAUCUUUAAAAAAUUAUAAAUAAAUAUCCCAGGGUAUAUCGGACUUCAGUUGAAUAUACUGGAGUUAUUUGUUAUUACCUAGUUUAUACCAUAAUAAACUCAGUUUGGAGCUUCUUAAGUCACUUGUUUUAUCCUAUUUCCUAUUCACUGGCAUGUAUUACUGUCUAGUCACAACACCUCAAGAUUGGAGGUUUCUCUCUUGCCAAAGGAGUGAUUAACACUAGCUGUCCGCUUGGGCCUGCCACUCUGCCACAUCCUAUCUCAUGCCAUCCUUCUCUUAUCACAUUCUCAAGAUUAGGAUAUUCCUUAAGUAUUCAUUCCUACAACUUUGCCAUGACCUCAGCCUCCCACCCCUAACCCUAACACACACAUAUACAUUCUUAUUGCCCACCUGAUAGGGGUAAUGUAAGAAUUCAUGUGUUCUGGGUUACCUGGGUGGCUCAGUUGGUUAAGCAUCCGACUCUUGAUUUUGGCUCAGGUCAUGAUUUCAGGGUUGUGGGAUUGAGUCCGUGUUGGAUUCUACACUGGGCGUGGAGCCUACCUAAAGAAAAAAAAAAAAAAAGAGUUAAGUGAAAAUGUUCACAAAAUUGGAGGACUCACACAUUCCAAUUGCAAAAUUUACUGCAAAGCAAUAGUAAUCAAGACAGUGUGGUACUGGCCUAGGAUAGAUGACAUCGAAUUGAGAAGCAAGAAUUAAGUUCUUAACAUUUAUGCUCAAUUGAUUUUUGACAAGAGUAAUAAAACGAUUCAAUGGGAAAAGAACAGACUUUUUAACAGAUAGUGCUGGAACAACAAGAUAACACAUGCAAAAGAAUGAAGUUGGGCCCCCCUAACACACACAUACACGCACACAACAUACAAAAAUUAACUCAAAAUGGAUCAAAGACCUAAAUCACUAAAACUAUCCAACUCUUAGAAGAAAACAUAGGGUUAAAUCUUCAUGAAGUUAUAUUGGGCAAUGGUUUCUUAAAUAUGACACCAAACCUAUAAGCAGCCAAAAUAAAAAUAGGUAAAUUAGACUUUAUCAAAAUUAAAAA